AUCCUUCAUUUUAACUUCAAUAUCAGAGAAGAGAAGAGAAAAAAAUAAAUAAAUCAUCCAUUUUUCUCCUUCACAUAGGGUCCCCCCCUUUCCUUCACCGGAGGAUACGACUGCUUCGUCGGAAAAUGAAUGUUCCGGCGACAUAUUCCUUUCUUCGUAAAUGCAAUGCUUGUGUUUCUGUUCAUUACAGUCACGUUUUCCAUGAAAAGAAUUUACCUAAUGCUCACUCAUUCCUUUCUUUUUCUCAGCUCUAAGGUAUCGAAACUUCGUUUUCCCCCCCUUUUUUGAGUAAAGGUUUAUAUGUAUGACGGUCAUGAUGUUGAUCGGUUGAUGAAUUUGAUAGUUUUAGGUGAAUUUUGAUGUUGAUUUUGUUGAAUUUGUGAGAGUUUUCUGAGUUCUUUUGGUGAAAAAGGUGAAGUUGUUUGUAGAGAUUUAGGCUGGUUUUAGUUGAGUGGUUUUAGAUGCAGAAUUCUGACUUUUUGACAUCAUCACGCGAAGCGAGUAGGUUUUUAAAGCUCUGAAAAUUGAGCAGAACUGACAGAGAGAGUAUAAUUAAGCUUGCAGAGAAAGUGAUAGAGAGAGAGGUAGACUGUUUGUACCGUUUUGGUUGUAAUAGAGGAUGCCUCCGAUGAAAGUUCAGCCGAUCGAUUCUCCGACAUACAGAGAAUCGAUCCAAAACGACGCGGCAAAGCCGGUGUUGAAAUCGCGGCUCAAAAGGUUCUUCGACCGGCCGUUCCCCAGCGUUUUACGGAUUUCUUCGACGACAGAGAAGCCGAAUGCUGCCGGUGCCGGAAAUGAAUUGCCACCGUACGGAAAAGAUGGAGCGGUCACUGAGUUUGAACCUAGCUCAAUUUGUUUGGCUAAAAUGGUUCAGAAUUUCAUCGAGGAGAACAAUGAAAAGCCAUCGUCUGCUAAAUGUGGACGGAAUCGUUGCAAUUGUUUCAACGGGAACAACAAUGAUAGCUCCGAUGACGAGUUUGAUUUUGCAGAUUCAGUUAACAACUCCUCCUUCGGCGAUUCUGCCGAUGCUCUCAAGAGCUUAAUUCCAUGUGCAACUGUUGUUGAGAGAAAUCUGUUGGCUGAUACAUCAAAAAUCGUUGAGAAAAACAAAACUUGUAAGCGUAAAGGCGAAUUGCGUAAAAUCGUCACCGAUGAACUCUCGAAACUUGGCUACAAUGCUUCCAUUUGCAAAUCCAAAUGGGAAAAAGCUUCUUCUAUACCUGCAGGUGAAUAUGAGUACAUUGAUGUGAUUGUGGAAGGAGAAAGAGUGUUGAUUGACGUAGAUUUCCGAUCGGAAUUCGAAGUUGCUCGAUCGACUAGUAGUUACAAGGCGGUUCUUCAAUUGCUUCCGUUCAUCUUCGUCGGAAAAUCAGAUCGCCUUCUACAGAUAGUAUCCAUCGCUUCCGAAGCAGCUCGCCUCAGUUUGAAGAAGAAAGGCAUGCACAUCGCUCCCUGGCGUAAAGCCGAGUAUAUCAAAGCCAAAUGGCUUAGUCCACACACUCGGGAGGAAACGGCACCUGUCACUGCCGCUGUAGCUGAAGCCGAAGCCGAAGCCGAGAGUGAGGUGAAUGAGGAGGUAGCUGAAGAAGUUGAAAGUAAAGAGAUAUCUGAUUCUGAAUUCGGAGAACUAGAGCUGAUUUUCGGUGAGAAGUCAUCGUCGUUUUCCGAGACCAAAUCAGUGACGGUGAUUUCAUCACCGCCUCCGCCUCCGCCGCCGGCGAAAGCUUUCGGCGGCGAGGAAGUGAAGCCGGAGAAUCCGGAAAUGAUGACGUGGCAACCUCCCGCAUUGAAACCCAAGAAUUGCGAGAGGGAGAAAAAAAUCAUCGUUCCUGGAUUGGCUUCCCUUCUCAGGGAAAAGCCCUAAGAAAAUUUUUGUUUUUUAUCCUAACUUUUUAUUUUAAAAAAAAAAGAGUUAGUACAAAAUAUAUAAAAAUAUAGAGAAGAAUCGGAGUUAACUAUUCUCCGUAAAUCAGCUUGAAUCUGAACUACAAUUCAGAUCGAGUGUUACCGAAAUAGAGUUUUUCUUUUGAUGCUAUUGGCUAGCAAGGGGUAUGUAAUAAGAAAAUCUAGAACUAUUAACUAUCCUUGCUUGUAAUAAUUUUUCCAAUGCAUAAAAAAAUGCAAAAAAAAGAUGAAAAUACAGAGAACAAAUUAUUACUGCUA